AUGGAACGUGUCAAUCUGCCGGGUGAUGCAACAACAGCAGCAAUAGCGGUUUUGCCACCAUCAGAAGGGGGACCAGCAAUGAGAUUGUCUGCUUCUGGCACGAGUCUACCCUGUCAGAUGGCAGCUACUCCUCAAGACCCGAAGCUGAGUGGUGUGCCUGAAGCUAGGGCUGCGAAUCCAAAAUUGGAACAUGUUGACGAGGACGAAACGCUUGAAGAUAACAACGAUGCAGAUGAUGGAACUCAAGCUGUCGGUGUCAGUGUACCGGCAUAUGCUUGUCAAGAAGGUACAAAAGUGACUAUGGCUGAACAGACUCCGGAAGAAGUUGAAGUGGCGGAUGGUACCGGCAACUUGGUUGAAAGUAUAUCAAGAAACGACGUUACUGAAACGGGUUUUCCAGUCCAAGAUCAGGUGGUUGCAAACGAAGAUGGUGGAGCAGAUACGGACAGUGAUACUGGUGCCGUGAAUGAGUACCUAGCAGCAGUUCGUGCCCGUGAUGCCGUUUUAAACAACGUAAUUCGCCUACAAUUGGUGUCCCUCAACAUUGAGCUCAUCUCAAUCAUGCAUGGCGAAGCGGGUCUUGAUCAAGCCAUGCGGGACAUGUGGAACACUAUAUCUGCUACGCAUGCUAUGAUAGCACAGCCAGACGGAAACCCUCCAGCUUCUCAGGCUGCUGUUGCCGCCUUGCCUGCUGUCUUCGUGCACUUGGAGGAUGUCGAGAGUGGUGCUGCAUGUUGCACUGUGUGCAAUGACGUGGCAGAGGUCGGAGAGGAGGUGGUGAGGCUGCCAUGCAGGCACCUGUACCAUGGGCCGUGCAUCAGGCAGUGGCUUGGCAUGCGCAACACGUGUCCCAUGUGCCGGUUUGAGCUGCCGACGGAUGACAUUGUGUAUGAGGCGAGGAGGGGGCUGAUGGCAUCACAACAAGCACAGCGGCGGCAGGAAGGGCAGUAG